ACGAGCAAUUGUCCGCAGAGAGGAACAGAAGAGCAAGACGUAGGAGGUUGUCAUCAGCUCUGGGCCUUCAAGCGGAUAUAAAGGUUACGGCUCCCGUGUAUUGGCUUAGGGAGAUCGUCGACUCCAUGCAUAUGUGCUCCUCAUUCCAUUCGUCAAUUGUCGUUUCUCCCACUCGUGUACCGACGACAUCUCGGUGUCAAUGAGACAAGGACGAUCCUCCAAUGACAGCUGACAGCGGACCACCAGUGUAUUACGGAGCAGUUGAGCUGCAGCAGAAGGCUCAGGUUCAGAAUACCGCGGAGAAGACCAAGUGGAAGCGCCACACUUGGAUUGUACCCCUUGUUCACACGGAGAUAUGGAUGUCAGCUCUGUUGGGAGUUACGCAGACGUUUUUUCCGCUGCUGGCGACCAAAAGAGGUGUGCAGGCCUGGAAGUGCGGACUGGUCUUUUCGGUUUUCAAAGCGGCGAUGUUUCUCGCUUCGGUCCUGGGAGACAGAAUGCUGCAAUGGACGUCACCGCAGGCGUGCUAUCUAAUCGGACAGACAGGAGCAUUUAUUUUUUCCGUUUCGGAAGCCUCUCUGUAUUGGUCGUCAGGAAGCCAGUCGCUGUUCUUGCUGUCCCUCGCCACAGUCCUUCUAGGGGGCUUCUCUGUCGGGCUGUACUUCGUCAGUCUCUUCUCAGUCGUCACGCACAAAUUCAGCAAAAACCCUGGACUCAUAAUCGCCGCGUUGGAAAUUUCUUGGGGAAUAGGCAACAUGAUCGGGUCUGCGCUAGGGGGACAGCUGAUUGACGUCUGGGCCUACCCUCUGCCAUUUUUUGUCAUGUCAGCGAUCCUUAUGCUUUCUUUUCCCUGGAAUACAAAGCUAGGAUCAAAAAUUAACAACAUGCCACCUACAGUCGGUGACAAGGUGGACGCUGCAAAACCAAAGUACUCGAAUCUGAUGCGUGACCCGUUGUUUUUGGCGCACAUGGCUACACUGACAACAGUGUGGGUGAUGUCAGCUUUUAAUGAGCCGACAUUGCAGCCGAGCCUGGAAGAGUUUCAAACAAGCGUGACUGCCAGAGGAGUCGUCUUUGCUGUGCAGUUCGCGAGUUACGUCUUCGGCUGCACACUUGCUGCUAUAUUUUGCCACUUACAGGUAAUGGCGUUUUAUGCCUUCCUCGGACACCUACUUACGUUGACUGCAUAUUUCAUCAUAGGACCAGUAAUACUGAUACGGCUGGAACGGAACUUGGGACUCGUUUAUGCAGCACAGGUGUUACUAGGAGUGGGAAUGUCAUCGUUAUUUGUCUGUGCGUACCACCAAGCACUCCAGCGAGCCACCCAACUGGGCUAUCCGGAUGACAUUACUACUCAUGGAUUUGUGUCAAGCACCGUGUUCACAUUCAUGGUAUCAGGAUCCAUCGUCACAGAUCCCAUAGCCGGGAAGCUGCUGGACGCCUAUGGUUACAGGAAAGCCACGACUUUCAUGUUUUUCCUGCUGCUCACGUUAACUCCUGUAACAUUUGUUGUGUGGAUGUCGUCAUCAGUCAAGUCACACUAUGAACGAAGGAAAGUAAGAGCAAACGCUAAAGGAAUAUUUGAAUUUACAAGAGCGCAUUACAGUAAUAAAUAAAGUGGAACGAAAAACUGA